CACGGCGGGGUGGUUGGAAUGCGUGGGUGCCGGCGCUAGUCCUCAGUUGUGCUGCGUGAAACAAAGGUCCGGGCCGGCUUCUUUAAGGAAGCAGAUCUGUGCCUGGACUGAGUCAGUGGAAAUGCCAUCAAAUAUGCUUUGCUGAAGAACAAACAAAUGGAUAGCCUCAUCUGACUAGUUUCACAAGCUUGAUCAAGAACGCCUGCCGUGAAAGAUUGCUUAGCAUAAUGGAUAAGGCCAGCAAGGUUAUAAGAAGGAGUGGCGUGCGGCUGCGCACCAUCAGCAGCCGGCACGCCGAGCUGGAGAUGCUGAUCUCCGAGCUGCGCAUGGCGCGUGCCGCCCACCGCGGCCUGGUGUCGGCGCAGGCACGCGUCGCGCAGGACAUGGUCAAGUGGUCUUUGCGCGACGAGAACCGCGCCAUCCAGCAGACGGUCCAGCUGCUGGCGGAGCUCACCGCCGUCUACGCCGACGUCCAGAACGAAUUCAAUGCUCAGCUCAAGGUGCUGCGCUAUCAGUUCGAGAUGAUUCUGGAGGGUGAGGAGCAGCUGGACACCUGCCGCUCGCAGCUGGUCUCCUGCGAGACCAAGGAGAGCAAGCACCGGCGCGAGCUGAAGAAGGCCUCGCAGCAGGACCGGCAGCAGGCCGAGGCCAAGCUGACUGGGUCGGAGCGCGCUAAGGAGGCGGCGCUGCUGGAGGUGACGGAGCGCGCGCGUGAGCACGAGGUGGCCAAGACGACGCGUCUGAAGCAGGGCUUGCUGACCCUCUCGGACGCCUGCCUGGAGCUGGCGCACAAGACGCAGCUGGUGUUCCAGGCGCACCGUGAGAUCGUCAGCGAACUGCCCGACCUCGACGUCAACCAGCUGCACACUGCCAAGUACACCGGUACGGCACGCCGGACGCGCCAACAGGCGUUCCAUGGGGGAGAUGGGAUCGGAUCUCCACAUGGCGGUGAUGCAUCGGAGCUCGUUACACAGCUGGUGACACGGUACCGGGGUACCGUGACUGGCGUGUCGUAG